CUGUUUGGUAGUCAUUAGGGCGGCUCGCCGCUGGCGGCCGGUAGCUCAGCCACGCGCGGCUUUACAUGUUAUCCAUUCAUCUGAGCGCACACGUCAGUGGGUGUCUUUAUCUGUCACGGCUGCUGCUGUGCUGCAUGGGUCGGUCGUGGCUGCCUGUCUGUCUGCCCCUGGUGAGUGACAAAUAAAUAAGCCAAAAACAAUCGUGGGAUCGAUCCGGAAGGCAAUGAAAUCAUCAACCAGCCGACCAAGAGGCCACCCACACACAACAGCCCACGCACGUACCUUACGCUUAGCCUACACGUACAUUCUGUGCAGCAGUAGACCACCGCCCCCACCAGUAAGUCAGUCAGCAGAGGCCGCCAGCGACAAAAGAUGACACACCGGUCAAAUCAGUGGCCAUCCAUCCAUCCAUCCCCCCAGGCAGCCAGCUGACAGGGGACUGACUGGCUUACAGACAGACACAAUGACUCCCGCCCUCCACGUCCCCUCCCUGUAAUGUUACCGACGACCGUUGACAGCCACACUCACUCACUCAUGUGAGUGGGAGGCACACAGACAGACAGAUUUAUACGCACACCACAAUUAUUAUGGGGUUUGUAUGUGUGAUCGGUGAAUGGAUGGACGGCUAUAGGGGUGGGCGAGAGGGUCAAAAGGCGUCCGAAAUGAGUACACACCUGUCGGUGGGCUUGAGUGGCGUCUUGGAGGCUUUGGGGGGGUUCAGCUGCAGCGGCUCGCCGUCACGCCACACGCCAAUCACACUGUCACCCUCGGCACGCGCAAGCUCGUUCAACUGACACACACACACGCACACACACACACAGGCAGGCAGAAAGAGACACUGUGGUUGCAUGUGUGUGUGUGGGUGAGUGUGAAGGCACAUUGGUUACUUGUGCGACUGUGAUGGUCUGUUUGGGUGCGACUUUGUAUUUGCUGUUGAUGACCGGCACACAGAUCUCCUUGCCGGACGGCUGCAGCAACUCCUGCGCAACCGCACACACACACACACACACACAGAGAGAGAGAGAGAGAUGCGCCUCUCCCUCCAAUCUCGUGCCCACUCGAACGAACCGUGUAGAUGUGUUGCAGCUCCGGCUGCAUGAGGAUCUGGACGAGGACGCCGCUCUCGAGCUCUGCCGGCACUAUCACAUCGACGCCCUGCAGCUUUGCCCUCGUGGCCCUGAGCAUCAAUGUGGGCGAUGACGCCAGCCGGCGGGACUGAUAAGGGAGCCGCCAGGGGCGGGGGGCGGCCUUGGCGGGCAGGUACUGCACGCUCAACGCCUGGCUGAGGUGCGUCACCACUCUGAUGGAUCAAGGGAGAGAGGGAGGGAUGGCGUGUGCCGGUGUGUGUGUGUGUGUCUUAGUGCCUCGGCAUAGGUUUGUUUGUGUCCCUCAUGUGUGACUCGAGCAGCAGCCGCAUCCCCAGGAUCUCAGCGUCACGCUGCAUCAACACAUCAACCAAUCAGCCACACUCACAUCCAUCCGCAGAGCGAGAGGAUGGCUUUGUGUCCUCAUCUCAGCUCAUCUGACCUCUUGCUGUAUGUUGACGUCGCUCGUUGACCUGACAGAGCUGCCGUCGAGGUGCACGAGCAGCGCCACGUCGGCAUCCUCAGCCUGCACAGACACAGUGGAUGGAUGGAUGGAUGGAUGGGCCAUCUGAUGGCUGGCCACCUUGACGCUUUUGAGUGUCUUGAGGGUGGAAGGGUCCUUGACGACCGUCCUGAUGCGCAGGUUGCCGAAGCGGCGGCAGGUGGUGGGCCGGGGGAACGCCUUGACGUGCAGCUGACCCACACGCCUGAACACAUAACACACACACACACACACACACAGGUGGGUAUCUGUGUGUGUGUCGAGAGGUGAAUUGGGUUAGGUCAGUUACUGGUUGAGGGGUGCUGGUGUGACCAGAGUGACGUCGAGCGGUUUGGUGAAAGUCGCCGCCCACUCGUCGAGAUGACGCAACAGACUGGCCGUCUGCUCUGAGCUCCCACUGCAGCCAAACCGCCCACAGACACACACCCAACAGCACACACACAGUCUCUCUCUCUCUGUGUGUGUGUGUGUGUGGUGUAUCUGUCGGCUUACGCGUCCAUGGUCAGGUCGGCCUUUGCCGUGUUGAGGAUGAGCACUUUUCGCGGAUAUGCCUUCUGCAUUUCGGCCUGUGUGGCCCGCCGGCUCCUCCUGACGUCAGACACCUCAUGUGUGCCGACGGCCGAGCGGGAGUAACGCAAAUUGGUCUUCUGCACACACACACCACACACACAGAUGGAUGGAUGGAUGGACUCGUCUGUGUGUGUGUGUGUGUACGUCCGUGGCGACAAAGAUGAGCUGGUCGUUGGGGCCGAUCAUCACACUGUUGGGCGGCGACAGCAUCAGCUCGCCGUCCUUGACCAGACCACACAAUGACGCCUGCACACACACACACAUCCAGGCAACACACACCAACAGAUAUGGCCUCUUGUCAGUCAUUCAAGCAUCCCGUGUGUGUGUGUGUGUGUGUGGUUUACCCUUGGGAAGUGUUUCCACGCCUGUCCGAAGGUCUUGCCCUGCACGCCAGCGUACAUUCUGGCCGCCUCGAUGUAGAACUCACUGCCCUCCUGGUGGAACAACUCGGCGUACACCUGACAGACAGACAGACAGACAGCAGGUGGACACACACACACACACACACAGAUGGAUGGAUGGAUGGAUGGAUGUGUGUGUGUGUAGGGUCGGUGGCCGACCGUGCUGAGUCCGGGCUGCACGACACACUGUGCGAGCAGCCGAUCCACAAAGCCGUCGGUGUCGACCUCAGCCAGCGAUGCGAAACGGCCGGCCGCAGACGCACCGGGGUGCUGCUCCACUGCUGCCUCAGGCACAGACACCUGCAGCACACCACAGCACAGCACAGCACACACCACGAGCACAUAGAUAGAUGGACACACACAACCAACUCUCUCUCUCUCUCGGUGUGUCUGUCGACUGACCACGACGGUCGGCGGGUGUUUUGCUGCCCUUGACGACGGCAGGUCGUUGCUCUGUCUGUCCCGUACAGCGGCGAGUACGGCCGUCUGGCGGCGGACGGCAGACGCCCCACCAGUCUGCUCAGCCCCCUUGGCGGCCGCAGUGUCCCUCAGCACCAACACGUUCUUGGCCGCACCUGCUGCUGCCUUGUCCAAAUCCUAUCGACCCAUUGCACACAACACACACAGACAGACAGACAGACAGAGAGGGAUGUGUGUGUGUGGUGGUGUGUGUGGCUUGGUCACUUACGGUGAGGCUGUUGGGGUCUCCCUCUCGUGUGACGAUUCUGAGAGUGCUCUGCCGCUUGACGUCCUCGGCGAUCUUCAUGUCCAUCGUCGGGCGACUCUGAUGGACGCACACACGCACCCACCCACACACACUCACACACGUGCCAAUCUCCCCCUCUCUCUCUCUCUCUCUCUCUCUCUGCGUGUCUGUCUGCCAAUCGCUGUCCAUCACCCACCCCACCCACUUGGUCAGAGAGUACCACAACGGUGCCGGGGUCCCUGCCCUCCUUCUUGGCGAGGUCCAGCUGCCGCAGCACAGCCGUCGUGCGGUCGUUCCAGUUGAGCACCACAGUGUGGCCGCUCUCGUGAACCGGGAAGUUGCCGUAACGAAACGAUGCUAUCGCAGUCGACAGGGCCGUCGACAGCAGCCCCAACAGAGAGGCGAACGUCAGAAUACCUGCGGGCAGGCGGGCACCAAGCCAAGCAAUCAACCACACACAAAACCGCUCGGUGCGGUGGGUGUCCUUCCUGUGUGUGUGUGUGUGUGUGGUUCCCUACCGGUGAUGUACAGUCCGUUGACGACCCCCCGGCCCCACCCAGUCUCGUUGAACAAGCUGCAGCCGGGCAGCCCAUUGAGCCACAGGUAAGACUGGAAGAGCGACUGGCGCCACGACCGGCCCGUUGCUGUGCGGUAGAAGAACGCCCCGACGCCGAUCGCCGUGGCCGCAAACCCCGCCAGAGCCAACAUCUGGACGGGCAGGGCGGCCGCCAGCAGCAGCUGGAACCGAUACACCACCGACCGCGACACGAAGGACGGGAAGAACCGCACAAUCGCCAGCAGCACGGCCAGAGAGGCCGUGACAAUGACCACAUUGCGCUGGAGCUUCGGCAUGCGGGCGAUGAACUUCGGGACAGAGAGGGAGGGCAGGGGCGGCGGGGAGGGGAGGGGCGGCAGGGGCAGCCUCCGUAUCGGCAUCAUCCGGCCCUUCCGCCUCUUCUGGCGCUCUCUCUCCUGGUCGGACUGCAGCACACUGACGGGCACGGCCACAUCCGGCCAGCUACUCUGGUCGAUGUAUCUGUGCUGAAUCUGCGGCGGGGCGGCGUGGGAGAACAGCACGCCACACUUCCUUUGCUGACGGUGCUGCUCCAGCAGCUGAGUCGGCCGCCCCAUCGACCGCCGCUCCAGCCACGGCAGCACAAACCCAUCGCAGUGGGCCAACAGGGCGACCAGAGGGAAGGCGACGGACGCCAGGAAGGCCACCGGCCUCCUGCGUCGUGGCAGCACCGCGGUGCGCAUGAGUGAGUGAGUCGGUCAGCCACCGGGGGAUUGUCGAAAGGGGGACGCCGGAUCUCGCUGCCUUGACAUUAGAUCUUGACAAUGGCCGAUGGGCAAACGUCCACAGCACCCAACACGGAGGCGUCUUCGGC